AUGCUGCUCCUCUUUGACGCGCAGCAGCCGGCGUCUUCCUGCAUGAACAACUCCUCGACGAGCGAUGAAGAUGUCGACAGGAGCGAAGACUGGGUGCACCAAGUGGCCUCAGGCGAUCUCGAGAAAUCCGACCACGCAGUCGUGCCGACGCCACUGCUGCAGCUCGCGGCAAGCAGACACCAACUGGCUAAUAUCAUGAACACGGACACGCUUGCAGUUGCAGCGGCAGCGCUUGUGGGGCGGGCGACGGCGGCCAGCAAGAGCUCCCUUGCUUUCAUCUUGGAUGGCAGUGCGGACGAGGACCAGACCCAGCUGACGGCUGGCACAAGUUUCGCUGAUCUCAUGGUUGGCUCAAGUGUUUUCGCGACGGAAAACAGGGCUGCAAGCGUGCCAGCUACUGCUGCUGCUGUUGUUGCUACUACUACUACUACUACUGCAGAAAAGAAAGCUGCCGUGAAAAAGUCGCGCAUUUGCAAGUUUCAGGAUUGUACGCGCUACGUGGUAAACCGCGGGCUGUGUAUUGGUCACGGCGGCGGUAAACGAUGUGCUGUUGUGGGGUGCACGAGUAGUGCUAAAAAUUUGGGUGUAUGUUGGAAACAUGGCGGCUCCACCAAGUGCACAGCGGACGGAUGCGAGAACCGUGCCAAGUCUCGCGGAGUUUGCUGGUCCCACGGCGGAGGCCGGAGAUGCAGCGACGGAAACUGCACCAAGACCGCAGUGUCGAACGGCCUUUGCUGGGCUCACGGAGGAGGUAAGCGAUGCGUCGUGGAAGGCUGCCGCAAACCUGCGUACGAGCGCAACGGCAACAUGUGCUCGUUGCACCAAGUUCCGAACGCUGGUGCUUUGCCGACACUCGACAGUCCCGAUCGAUUUACAGGCUAG